GAGAGAAUACAUCUCACUCCGUCGCCCGGCUUCCACCUACGCCGUUUAACCCGUUCCGAGGCCAGGCCGGGUGUCGCGCCGAGGUUUCGGCUUCCGGCUCAAGGCUUCUGCACCCACCCACGCCCCGUCCACCGUUCCUAUACGGAAAGAGUGCUCGAAAGGACUUCCGUUCUCCAAAACAAUAUGACCCGCCGUCACUUCGCGACCGAUCUCGGCCAGCAUCACGGGAAAAAGCCGACGACGGAAGUCCGCGGAGGAAUUUGAGACACGGAUACGCGAAAUUCAGAUCGGGAAUGUAGAGAAAAAACAAAAAUGCGAAGAUUAGUCGAUAUCUUAUUAUGUGUCACGUGAUGGUGCGUAUGAUGUAAGACGAAGUAGAAAGAUAGAGAGGAGAUGCGAGAGACGUGAUUUAUCAUAUCGUCGCAACUAUCGUCCACGGCAAUUUCUCGGCAAUUUUUUUUUUUUAAUAAGACCUUGGUCCAUGGAUAUCAAGGUUCGAUGUGACGUUUAUAGGGGCGGCAAUACCUCUCUCGCCAAAGUAAUGCCGAUGCAAUUAGCGCGUCGAUGGUAAUUGCCGCUUCGUAGCAAAGGAGAGAGAGUGCAAAGUGCGGCAAACGAGUGCGAGGAAUUAUUUUCUCCGACCGGCGAGGGUGGUUUCGUCGUUUACUUGCACAGACGCACACGAUAUAUCGGAAGAAGAAUGCCGAGGAAAAGAGGCCUCUCCUUUUCAAAAAUGCGAACAGAUUUAUCAGUGACGGCUUCCAAUCAACAUCAGCCAGAUGUAAUAGUGCAAUUGCCCCCGGACUACGGGGGCUCCGAGAUCAAAGCGUGCAAGGAUCAUCCGCAGAUUUGCGGAAAAGAAGCGGCCUGUUAUCCCUUCCCGAAUAACACGUCGAAAUGCGUGUGUCCUCACGACCUGUCGCUGCCAACAUCGGAUUUACGAUGUCCGAAUCGUCUAAUCGUUUCUCUAACGCCUCGUCCUAUACACAACAUAAUGAUACCUCCAAGCGGGAACAACAGCACAAAUAGCACGAACGCGCUUCCGGAAGCUGAGCAGGUAUUAGAGGGAUUGAAAUACAAGGUACCUGAAAUCAUAGGAGUAGCUGUUGCUUUCGUCGCGGUAAUUGUACUCUUACUAAGCGUCGUGUACGGCGUGAGAAGACGGAGUUACAGCAUCAAGUCGCAAAGAAGUCCUCUAGAUGGAACGCCAAUAAACCUGAAGAAGGGACUAUUAUUAGCGCAUAAGUACACGUCUAAUCCUCAAUAUUUCACCUGCACGUCUCCGGGAGUUCCGAUAAUACAACGUGAAAAUCUUAUAUUCCUGCACGACAUCGGCGAAGGAUGUUUCGGAAAGGUUUACAAAGGCGAGUGGUACAACGGAGAUACGAAGGAAAUUGUCGCUAUAAAAGUCCUGAAGGACACCGCCACGCCCGAAACCGAGCAGGACUUUAUGCGCGAAGUGGACAUCAUGUCCACGUUCAGCCACGCGAACAUUCUAUCCCUGAAGGGCAUGGUACUACGAGACGCGACGAACAAUCCGUGGAUGGUGUUCGAGUAUAUGCCGUACGGUGACCUCGCCGAGGUCCUACGGGCGAACUCCUUGCAGUUCAGAUCGUCGAAAUCUGGACUGCAAGCAUUAACGAAGGACUCAUUAUACUGGAUCUCGAUUCAAAUUGCGGCCGGCAUGACGUAUCUGUCGGCGCAAAGAUUCGUGCAUCGUGACCUAGCGUGUCGAAACUGUCUGGUGGGCUCAGGCUUAGCGGUGAAAAUCGCUGAUUUCGGCAUGUCGCGAGAUAUUUACACUUGCGACUAUUACAAGAUUGGAGGAUCGCGUCUGUUGCCAGUACGAUGGAUGUCACCGGAAAGCGUGGUGUACGGACGAUUUACCUUAGAGACCGAUGUAUGGAGUUUCGGCGUUGUCCUUUGGGAAGUUUACUCAUUCGGAAAGCAGCCGUAUUACGGAUUCAGUAACGAGGAGGUCGUGAAACUCAUACUUCAAGGAACGAUGCUUGUCCCGCCGGACGAGUGCCCGCCCAUCGUUUGCCAAAUAAUGCACGAUUGUUGGAAACUCGAGCCGCGGGAACGAAUCAAGUUUCCCGACAUUCUGGAGAGGCUGGAAAAGACGCAGGCCGAGCUGACCCGGCAAGGGACGCUGCCCAGACCGCCGCAAGGCCCGGUGCUGCUGCGCACCCCGGACGUUUUGGAUCCGGACGGCUAUUUGCUUCCGGCACCUGCGAUCCCUCGCGAGUAUCUGCAGGCUCUUCCAGUUCUGUCUGACUGAUACAUUCGUAACAGUGAAAGAACUUUUAAAUUUCAACCUCGAAAAGUUGCUCCGAGCGCGAUAUGCGUGAGGGAUAAAACGAAGAAGUGUGAAGCCUAUCGAACUCCUGUGAAGUGACAAUUAAAAUCAGUAAUAUUCUGUUUGUGAAGUGCACAGCUUACUCUAUUACUGUCUAUACCACAAAGCUGAGUUAAAAGUAUAAAGCACAUAGUCCUCAUCAUUAUUAUUUGGCGGAAUAAUAAAAGCAUAGCAUCACUAUGUCCAGCGUCUAUUAUAUAAUAAAUAUAUAAAUAGACUAAAUUUUUAGAUCCUUCGACAAGUUUGAAAUCGAUUUUUACAGUUUCUCAAAUUUCACAAACAUAUAUUUAUAAUUAAAUAUGAUUAAAAUUCUUUAUUGAAUUUUUUAGUAAAUUUUUUUACUUGAUUUUUCUACAGGCAUUUUUGCUAAGAUUAAUUUCUAAUUAAUCGAAAAAUUUUUACAGUAACUCGACUCAUCCUGAGACCUAUGCGGACAAAAUUUUUACAAUAAAAAAUGUAGGUCAUAAUCCAUCCAACAUCUACGAUGUUACAUUACAAUUCAAUCAAAAUAUUAAACUAAUGUGUAAAUUGAUUUUACACUCUUUAUUUAUCGGCUAAGUAACUGGUUAAUCGUUAACAAAGUGAAAGCCCUAAUCCAUGGUACAAAUAAAUAAUUAUAGCACGUAUUCCCGCCGCGUAAUAAUCAUCAUUAAAUCAUUAAAAAAUAUAAAUUAUGUGUUAUACAUAAGGAAUGUAUACGAAAGCUUGAAAUAUCAAUGCUUUCAAAUGCACGUCCACAAGAUAGUAUUAAUGUCGAUCAUUUUUACGAUAGAACUAUUUUAUUAAUGUUUCUAAAGCGUAUCAAUAUUAAAGAUAAUAAAUAAGUAGAAUAAAGUGAUAAUAAAAAGUAACCGUUAAGAUCAAACUAAUGAAAUCAUAUAUUGCGCUUAUUGAGCACAACAAUAUAUGUAAAAUUUUUUAUUAUUUGGGAUUUUAUAUAUCGAUAUAUCUCCUUUUGCGAAAUCUAUAAAGUAGUCACUAAGAAAUGUAAAUAGAAAGUAUUCUCGAUAGUUUUACGUAAAAGUUUAUUUCUAGUGUA